GUGAAACUGAUACGGCCCGAGUUACUGGAUUUACGAGAGUCCAGUCUAGAAUGUCUGUUCUCCAAUCUCAUCGCCUGACCUUGGUAAGUACUUACAUGUACAGGGACUGCUUCAACAUGACUAUUUCGUACACUUAGCUUCUGCUACAGCUGCUUCUCAUGUCGUUUACCUGUCAAUCCCAAUCAGGGCAUCCGGGGGCCAACAUAUCUCCCUUAAUUGUCGUGCUGUGUUUGAAUAAUAAAGUGAACUUCGUUUAAGAUCAAUGCUUUCGAGUCGGUGCCGUAAACGCGAACUCCAUCUGUCAUAUGCCAUUUCGCGCACGGGGAUUAUGCUUUUCUGAUAAAACAGUGCCCCACACAGAGAACACCCCUCAUUAUCCGCUGCCCUCCAUCCUCCCUCCUCUACCCUCUACUACGUGCAGGACAUGUCUCAACGAGCCACUAUUACCGGCUUGCGCCUACGCAGCCCUUCAGACGCGAGGGUCAUCUUCCACGCUGUCCAUCUGAAGAUUCUGCCGAUGGUCACCCGUCGGCUCGAUAACGAUGAGAGAAGCCUCAUCCAGCCGGGAUCCGUCUACGUCUGGGAAGAACGUGGCCCCAAUGCUGAGCUCACUGGGACCGGAAUAGAGAGAUGGACUGACGGCAUUCGAUGGGGUCCGUCGCGCGUGCGCGAGGGGUUCCUCUUCUAUCAAGAGAAACAAGACGAUCCCAAUUUGUAUGCGGCUAAUGCCUAUAGGCCGUCGAAUGUGGAUCCCGCCAAGAUGAUCUUGACGAAACAGACAUACACCGUUUACGUCGUCACGCCUGCCGGGAAACGCAAAUGGCACCUCAUCGCGUAUUUUACCGAUGCCUCUCUCGAUCGACUGAAAACGGUUGAUGACAUACCGCAGCUAGCCGGAUUACCCGUUCCUCACGAGAAAUACCAGACUGCGCGUGCGGCAAAGGGACGCCCGGAACACAUAUUUAACACGGUGCAGUCCCACGGUGCACCAUAUACACGUUUGGAAUACGUUCCAUACACUCCCAAGCAUUUGCCGCCGUCUCCGUCACCAUCUCCAGUUAGCUUUUCGCCCACUGUUAUGCGAUCCGUCUCGACAUCACCAGCUGCUCGACGCCAGAGUCCAAGCGCCACUCCCCCGCUCACGAAAGAUACCCCCUCUCGUCGCCACAAUACCAUGCAAUUCUCUCCCAGCUCGCUUCCGCCCCUAGAGUACCUGCGGAACCAACCCAGGGUGCGUCGUUUUCCUGGCGACGAGAUGGCUCUUGCGAAACUCGCACACGGGCAAUAAUCGUCCACCGUGUUAACGGAAUUAAGUAUUGAUUUUUUACACCUGAUGCCUGGAUUGUAUUUCUAGUCUACGCGAUCUUCUUCCCUUCUGUAAUUACGCUUCGUUCCCACCUAUCAUAUUUAGUAUUAACUCGAUAUCACUGUUGUUGUACUUACCCCACCACUUGAAGACUUAUGUUUACGACCAGUCUUUACGAGCAGUACGACACGAUGUCUAUAACGUAGCGCAAUGGGACCUUUUUGCGAUUUUUUUACGACUUGGAUCGAGUUUGAUUUGAAUCUUUGGGCUUUGCAUCAUCAGCUAUUUCGGACG